CCCCACACCUCCCGUCCUAAAAGGCUAAAAGCACUCCCACCCCGAGGCUGCUGGCCCUUACUACUGGCGUCCACCCCAGGCGAUCAUCCUCCCACGGGCGAACUCCGGAGAGCAUGGCUCUAGGCAUGGCGGUCUCUCCGUCGAAGACCCAACUCCGGCGUCCAACUAGCGAUCCACAGACCCGACCCACAAAGAACAGUGAAACAUCCGAUGUGAGAUCUUUCAUAUUUUUUAUACCCUUUAUUCUCAUUUCACUCCAACUUUAUCCUUUUUGCUUCUAGAUUCAUUUGGCCAAGGGAGUUCCCCUAUUUCUAUUUCUCCACUCUUAAACUAGGUUUUUUCGUAUUGUUAUGUCAUUUUGUUUUGGAAACUCAAACAUUUAAAUUUUAACUCUUUAAUCUUCAUUUACUUGCUUUGUAAUAACACUUUGAUUUCCUCCAUCUUAUUUAUGCUUUUCAUUUAUUUGCUACUCUCUUAUCUUUCUAAGCAUUCUUACGUUUUAGCAUGCUAGACUAGAUUAUCUAGCCUAGGUUAGUGAUAGAUUGUUAAUAUUAUGUUGUUGUCAUUGGAUUAUCAUCGAUUUUGGGAUCUUGAUUUAGAUUGCUUGUGGAGAUUGUGCUUUAGUAAGGCUUGUAUGUUAUUGUUAGCCACUGUGACAUACUUGUAUUUCGGAAUGAGUUUUAAAUCACAAAGGAAUUAGGACUCAGAACCCUAGCCAUGAGAAAGUCUUACCGCGGGAGUGGAGGAUACUUGAGCAGCUUUUUGGCUUGAUUGUAGUUCUCUUGCGACGAGCGCCAUAGAAGUAGGCUCUUAUCUAGGGAAUUCUUUUUUGAUUUCCAUAGAAGUGAGAAUCAAGGUGAUUUGCUCGCUAUCUUGUUGAUUUUCCUCUUUCCUCUAAUUAUUUGACAAUUUGCAUUGGCUUGACUCACAUAUUGCAAUUCAAUAUUAUUGUUGAAUUACACUCUGCACUUGAAUCUCAACCAAUAUCACUAUGCCAGUGGCGACAUCCGUACUCUACCACUUUACUUACUCUCUUACUAUUUCUAAUGCUCUUCCAUAUCAUUUCAUACACUUUUUGAUUCGAGGUCUUUGGUGUUUAACGGCGCAUAAAAGAUUAUUUGCAUCAAAACUGGCACCAUUGAGGAAUAAAAGAUGCAUGCAACAAAAGGGCAAAUGCUACCAAAGCAUACACCACAAGAUUGUAUAUACUCGGGAGUUUUUCGACGUGCGAUACUAGUAUUGCACCUUGAGAAACACCAGUGGAUCAAUUUCAUGUGCGUAUGCUUUGGUAGCAUUUGUCCUUUUGUUGCAUGCUUGUUUUAUUUCCUAGCGGCGCCUAAGACCGCACCUUUAAAUAACACCAGUGGAUACACAAUCGAAAAAAUAAGUAGAAUAAGUGCACAAUCGAGUAACGAGACAAGUGUGUUUUUUGCAUUUUUGGAGUAUACCUCAAUGGAGGGUUUGAGCUAUGGAAUGUACCUUGUUUGCCCAAAAAAAGCAUGAGCGUUUGACGAUAGUCUCCUAAGGUAGAUACUUUAAGAUGUGUGCCACAUCUUUUUUACAUCACCACUCCCCCACCCACCCCGCUCUCGCCUUCUUCAAGCAAGGUCUAUUUUCUGUUUUUAGUACAACAAUCAAACAAAUAAGUUAAUAAAAAAUAAUUAUCUCACCAAUUUCCUCACUAACUAAACAAGAUAAAUAAUUUUAGUUUAUUUGACUUCAUUUUUCUUGAUAGUCUCCUAAUAUUUUCUUCUCCAGCCAAUCAUCCGACAUACUUCACUACCAUAUAUAUGCCCCUCCACUUAAAGGCAUUAAAGGUACUUACUUCUGCAUUGUGUUAUCUCAAUGAAAACUAAGUCCUCUUGAGCUUGUCUGUCGUUAACUUGCUUGGUUCUCUUCUCUAUGUUAAUAUUUUUCAACGUAUUCUGUAUAGACUGUAUACUAAUUUCCAUGGAAGCGCUCGAUUUCCAAUUAGCAGAACUGCAGGUGAGGUUUUGAAGGCUGCAUGAUGGCUUGCUCUCAAUGAAGCACAAGUCUGAACAUAUUGACACGUUUCAGACAUAAGCAAGCAAAUAUCUCUGCUGAUAAUGGAAGAUGAGGAAGAGCCUGUUUUUGCUACAUGCCCUUCCGUUUCCUUCCAGUUUCAGACAUUUUCUGGGCCACAUUUUCCAGCAAGGCCAUCUCCAUAUGUGCAUCUUCAAGAGCAAAUUUACAGAAGAGAGAUUAGAAGCAGCAAAGGCACAGGGGUGUUUAUCCCAAGGUCUUCCCAGCCAACGGGCCGCAAGCAUCAUUAUAAACCAGGAGGAAGAAAUGCGUCUUCAUUCGGCGCGAAAUCUAACGCCGGGCAGCAUCCUAACACUACAAAAAUGGUUUCUCAAGCAAGGAAAGGCUAAAGGGUAUAAUUAAACUUGGAUUUCCAUAAAAGAAGUGCAGGUUUAUUAUUGAGGAUUUCAUCAACCGUCCAGAACAAAAGCUCUCAUUGGUAUUUGUGAAUUCGAAGGCGAUGCCCUCCAUUAGAUGAUUUCCAAGGUUGAUCUUGGAUCUACUAUUUGGUAUGUUUUUCAAACAAUAGUAGUGUUAAAAAUCAAAACUGGAGCUCAUACCUAUUGUUGCUUGGAUGGCUAGUGAGCGACAGAGCUGCCAACUGGAAACCAAUUCUGGACUAUCUUUUCUGAAGCAGAGUGGAAGGGGGUACUCGCUGGAAGGGAACUUCAAGAGGCGGUGGAACAUCAUAUUCAAGGAGUAGACUAUGCAUUAGAUUGUUGGGCUACAUCUCAACCCUCAAGAAACAAUUCUUUGAAAGCUCAUCAAGAACGAGUACUUCACAUCACACUCCCAAACCAGAGUCAACAAGAUUGAGAAUUGGAUAACCAGAGCACAAUAUGGAUUUGGUGGGUGAAUGAGACUUCUCAAACUUUGCCUUCCUAGCGGAGGCCUUUGGUUCUGCUACUAACAUAACUG